AUGAGUACUCUCCCUACAACACAAGGAAAAUCUGUCCCAGAUGCUUCAGACUAUAAGGGUCGUCCAGCUGACAGGGCGGCCACCGGUGGUUGGUCGGCGGCCGCCAUGAUACUUGGAGGAGAAGUUAUGGAGAGGCUGACAACGCUCGGCAUCGCUGUGAAUUUAGUCACAUAUUUGACAGGCACUAUGCAUUUGGGCAAUGCUGUUUCCGCCAAUGUUGUCACUAACUUCUUGGGAACUUCCUUCAUGCUUUGUUUGUUGGGUGGAUUUCUGGCCGAUACUUUUUUAGGAAGAUAUCUUACCAUUACGAUCUUUGCAGUUGUUCAAGCAAUUGGUGUAACAAUAUUGACGAUAUCAACUAUAGUUCCAAGUCUACAUCCACCAAAAUGCACAACAGAUUCUAAAUCACCUUGCAUACAAGCAAACAGCAAACAACUAUUGGUACUAUAUUUAGCACUUUACGUCACGGCGCUCGGCACGGGCGGUUUAAAAUCGAGUGUCUCCGGCUUUGGUUCGGAUCAAUUCGAUGAAUCAGAUAAAGACGAAAAAAAGGGUAUGAUUAAGUUUUUCAGCUGGUUCUAUUUUUUUGUGAGUAUAGGAUCAUUGGCAGCAGUGACUGUUCUUGUGUACAUACAAGAUAACAUAGGUAGGGAUUGGGGUUAUGGUAUAUGCGCGGUCGCGAUUGUGGUUGCGGUUCUGGUUUAUUUGUCGGGGACGCGAAAGUACCGAAUUAAGCAACUUGUUGGUAGUCCAUUGACACAAAUUGCAGUGGUGUUUGUGGCUGCUUGGAGGAAGAGACACAUGCAAUUGCCAUCAGAUUCUUCAUUGCUCUAUGAAGAAGAUGAUGUUCUAUGUGAAACACCUAAGAACAAGAAGCAAAGGAUGCCACAUAGCAAACAAUUCAGGUUCUUAGACAAAGCAGCAAUCAGAGUCUUAGAAAGUGGAAGUGAAAUCACAAUCAAAGAGAAAUGGUAUCUUUCAACUUUAACCGAUGUAGAAGAAGUAAAAUUGGUAAUAAGAAUGUUACCAAUUUGGGCCACAACCAUAAUGUUUUGGUCAAUCCAUGCUCAAAUGACAACAUUCUCAGUCUCACAAGCAACAACAAUGGAUUGUCACAUUGGAAAAUCAUUUCAAAUCCCCGCCGCAUCAAUGACUGUCUUUUUAAUCGGAACAAUUCUCCUAACCGUCCCUUUCUACGACCGAUUCAUUCGUCCCGUUGCAAAAAAACUCCUAAACAACUCACACGGAUUCUCCCCUUUACAACGCAUCGGCGUUGGUUUAGUCCUUUCCGUAUUGGCCAUGGUUGCGGCCGCGCUCAUAGAAAUAAAACGCUUAAACUUCGCGCGAUCGCAUGGUUUUAUCGACAAUCCAACCGCGAAAAUGCCAUUGAGUGUGUUUUGGUUAGUGCCACAAUUUUUCCUUGUAGGAUCCGGAGAAGCCUUUAUGUAUAUGGGACAAUUAGAUUUUUUCCUAAGAGAAUGCCCUAAAGGGAUGAAAACUAUGAGUACUGGAUUGUUCUUAAGCACACUCUCUUUAGGGUUUUUCUUUAGCUCAUUAUUGGUGACUAUUGUGAACAAUGUGACUGGUCCUAAUAAGCCAUGGAUUGCAGAUAAUCUUAACCAAGGAAGGUUAUAUGAUUUUUAUUGGCUAUUGGCUAUGCUAAGUGCUAUAAAUGUGGUAAUAUAUUUGGCUUGUGCUAAGUGGUAUGUUUACAAGGAGAAGAGGCUUGCUGAAGUGGGGAUAGAAUUGGAAGAAAUGGAUGAUGCUUCUACAUUCCAUUAA